AUGGUAUCGACAACAAACAACUUGUUUGUCACUUUUGAUACAGGUAGAGGAUUUUAUGGGGAGUUUUAUUCACAAGAUACGCACACCAUACUGAACGAACCUAAAGGUGUCAUCUCUAGUCCUGGAUAUCCAAUUGGUUGCCUGGGGAACAUGUUUUACACCUGGACUAUACAGGGCAACGCAUAUACUUACAUUGUUCUCAAUGUUUCGGAUUUUGAUUUUGGGGAUGAUUGUGUUCAUGAAAACCUUACAAUACACGACGGUCCAUCAAAUAAUUCAACAUUGAUUGGGACUUUCUGCUCAUCAAAACCAUGGACAAUAGAAUCAACCAGUAACUAUUUAUAUCUGGAGUACAAAGCAAAUGGACUGAACACACAUAAAGGAUUUUAUGCAAAUUACGAAAUCAAAGACAACCACAUCACACUGAGCGAUCCUCAAGGUAACAUCUCUAGCCCUGGAUAUCCGUUUGGCAACCUGCACAAGAUGAGAUACACCUGGACUAUACAGGGCGAUGCUGACAGUUAUAUUCUCCUUGAUAUUUCAGACUUAGGAGAAGAUUGCCAGCAUGAUUACCUCAAAAUAUAUGACGGACCCACAACAUUUUCACCGAUAUUUGGAAAUUUCUGCUCGUCAGUACCACCAGGGUUAAUGGCUUCAACGGGAAACUCCAUGUUCAUCGUGUUCAAACAGCAUGGUCCCAAUACAUAUAAAGGCUUUGUUGGAAAUUAUGAGAUACGAGCAUAUCUUUUGUGGAAACACAGUCUUGUGACACUGACUAUAUCACUGUGUAUGACGGAGCUACACAGAAUGCUGGAAGUUCUAAAAACAUUUGUGGCAGGGGAGUUUCAGUCAUAA